UGUUUCUGUGGCUCUAAAUAAUUGAUGCCAGUGCAGACCAAAAUAUAAAAUUUGGGAGAAUCAUCUAAUUUUCUCCCCCAGCCGGCCAAAGUAUAACAAUUUGGAGGGUUCACAGUGAGGUGUACAAGGCCUUUACUUCUACUAAACUCUAAGGUUCAUCUCCAACAACAAUUAGCAAUUUAUAUGGCAAUCAUGGCUGCUCUUGCUCCUCCGUCUCUUGCCAAUCAGAACAAGUUACCAUCCUUCUCUUCGAAAAUCCCGGUUAGAAUGCCAACCACUCUGGUUUUUCUUCAAAUGUGUAGCAACUUCCAAGAAGUAAGACAAGUACAUGCUCAAUUAGUUGUAUCAGGACUGCUUGACCGCCCUCCAAAUGCAGGGAGGCUUCUUCAGUCCUAUGUUACAGUGUCACAAAUUUACCAUGCCUCAUCAGUUUUCAAUAGAAUAUCUUGUCCUGAUGUAUUUGCCUUCAAUAACAUGAUCAGAGGAUUGAUACUGGGUAAGUGCCCAAAUAAUUCUUUGUUGCUGUAUAAUAAACUUUUACUAGAUGGCUUAAAACCAGACAAUUACACUUAUACCUUUGUUCUUAAAGCAUGUUCCCAACUGAGUGCAAUCUUUGAAGGUAGACAAGUGCAUUGCCGGAUAGUUAAGGACGGCACAUCAAUGGAUACACACGUUCAUAGCUCACUAAUACACAUGUACUCGAGUUCAACUGACAGUUUGGUCUGUGCAGAACAAGUUCUUGCAAGCUUCCCUGAAGAGAACACGCUUGCGAAGAACUCGUUGAUUUCCGGGUACCUCAAUCAGGGUGAAGUAGAGAAGGCUAGAGAAAUGUUUGAUAACAUGGUAGAAAAGGAUGACGCAUCAUGGAGCGCAAUGAUAGCAGGGUACACAAAGAAUGGUAUGUCUGUAGAAGCAUUAGGCCUCUUUCAGAAAAUGAUGAUGAUUUCCGAAGUUUCUCCAAAUGAGGCAACCCUUGUGAGCUCAUUGUCUGCCUGUGCUCAUUUGGGAGCUUUAGACCAAGGAAAAUGGAUACAUGCAUAUGCUGAUAAAAUUGGGGCUAAGAUUAGUGUCACUCUUGGUACUGCUCUCAUAGACAUGUAUGCCAAAUGUGGCAGCAUUGAACAUGGCUAUGAAGUCUUUAAGAAGAUGCCACAAAAAGAUUUAGUUGCUUGGGGGGUUAUUAUUUCUGGUUUUGCCAUACACGGGCAAGCUGAAAAGUGCUUUGAACUGUUUGAUGACAUGGUUGCUAAUGGAACUUAUCCGAAUGAGAUAAUUUUUGUGGCUAUUUUAUCUGCUUGCUCCCAUGCCGGCUAUGUUGAAAUGGGAUAUCAGUACUUUUAUCAAAUGGUGCAUGAGUAUGGGAUAAGACCAUCCAUUGAACAUUAUGGAUGCAUGGUGGACCUUCUUGGCCGUGCCGGGUGGUUGGCUGAGGCAGAAGACCUUAUCAUGUCACUGCCGGAAAAGCCCAAUUCGGUUAUAUGGGGUGCGUUACUUGGUGCUUGUAGGAUGCACAAUGACCUGAGGAGAGGGAACCUUGCUUUCAAGCACUUGACUGAACUUGAGCCAAUGUCUGGUGACAGAUAUAAACUUGCAGGGCUUAUGUUCGCUAAGGCUGGGGAAAAGGAAACGGCAACUAAAAUUAGAAAGCUCAUCAGAGAAAAUGACUUGGAGACAACUCGUGGACUGAGCUUCAUUGAAAUAGAUGGUGUGGUCCAUGACUUUGAAGCAGGGACUAUUAAUCAUAGCAAGUACAAUGAAAUCUACAAGAUGUGGGGGGAAGGGUUAAUAGAUUUUUAGACAUAGAUGCAAUUGAAGUUAGAACUCCAUCAUAGCAUACAUUUUCGAUGUGGGAGAGGCCAUAGAUUCUUCACAUCUUAUUAUUUUAAAGAUGUUGAUGCCAUGCAAUUAAGUCCAAUUUUGGUACUUAUUAAGAGGUUGUACACAUCAAUGGUCUCCUGUGCUCUCUAAGUUGGAAAAUUGCAAAAUUGAGGAAAA